CACUCUUGACCCUUAACGCAGGCGCACGGUCAGACGUAGUCAAACGCUGAUGUAGCGCUCCAAAGCUUGGUACAUAACCUACAGUCAUAAUAAUAACAAAAGCGUCGCGACAAACUUUUGUCGUUAAAUACUGUAAAAUCAUAUUUAGCUCACGAUUUUGCGUGCUAUUGGAAUGUGGAAAACAUAAGUUUUUGUAGCAAGUAUUAUCGAAAUUGGCAAGAUGGGCGACAUACGGGCUGGUUUGGAUGACUUGAAGCUUGACGGUGCUCUGUUUGCCAACGUUAAAUACUACGUCAGCGGUAAAGGCGAUCCCAAGAUUUUGAAUUUGCUGCAAGAAGGUCGGGCUGAAAGAACCAAUUAUUUUAGUGAUUUUGUUACACACUUGAUAGCAGGUUAUGAAGCAUCUGAAAGUGAUAUUUCUGCAGCAAAGGAUUUGUAUGAAAUUCCAGCAGUUACACAAAAUUGGAUCUUGUAUUCUGUUAAAUGUAACAAACUUCUACCAACGCAAUAUUUUUCACCAGAAGAGAAUCAAUUAUUUUCAAAUAUAUGCGUGUGUUUAUCUCAGAUAAAUCGAGCAGACAGUAAGUCUCUCUGGGCAAUGAUAACGUUUCAAGGCGGCAAAUGUCAGCUACAAUUAGAUCGAUAUUGCACUCAUUUGAUUACGGGAAAAGCAAGCGGAGUAAAGUAUGAAACUGCCAUGAAACAUCACAUCAAUAUCGUAACGCCUGAUUGGAUAGUAGAAUGUUGCAAGAAAGGUACUCUCAUUAGCGAAGUGGAAUACCAUCCCAGACUGCUAGUGUCUCCAAAUAGUUCGACAGCUAUGAUCACUGGUUUUAUGGACGAAGACACUGAUAAUAGCAUUACGCAAGAGGAGCAGGACAGGACUAAGGCCAUGUUAGAACAACUCAAACAACGCAUGCCGUGGAAUCAGCCAAGUCCGCCUGUAUCGUCGAGUGCUUCGCAAAAUCUUGGUACAACUAACACAGUGACCGUUCCUUAUUCUACGAAUGGACAGAAUACUGUGAAUGUACAACCGCAACUGCCACGAUCAGUUUCCUCGACUAAUUUAAGCAUUUCCACAGUUGUUCCAUCGGCUUCCGAUCAGAAUGUUGUAAGUCAAGCCAAUUGGCUUUCACAAGCAUCUCAACAAAAUAACAUUUCUCAACAGAUGAAAGCUGUGUCAACACAACAGCAAGAAUUAUCCCCGCAACAACAACAAAUAAACAUGCAACACCAAUUGAUACAACAGCAACAACAGCAAUUGACGCAACAACAACUCACGCAUCAACAACAACAGCCGUCAUACAAUCAACAACUCCUGAAUCAACAGCAAUCCCCUCAGGUACAAUCAGCACAACAGCAGCAGUUAAUAGGGCAACAACCAUCAAUGAUUACGCAACAGCAACAAAUAAACUCGCAGCUACCGCAACAUCAGUUAACUACGCAACAACAACUAUUAACAUCGCAGCAAAAGCAACUUAAUCAACAUCAAAUUAUUCAGCAACAACAAUUACAAACGCAACAGUCACAUUUGACACAGCAACAGCCACAAGUGCAAUUAGCGACUCAACAGCAAAUAGUAAUGCAGCAACUACCAUCUCAACAACAACAAAUUUCAAGCCAACAUCAAUUGACCCAGCAGCAAACUCCACCGCAACAACUUACUCCUGAGCAAAGACAACUCAUUUUGUUGCAACAGCAGCAGCAACAACAACAGCAGCAAAAGAUACAACAGAUUUCACAGCAAUUGCAACAAUCUGCGCCACAGAGUACCCAACAGUUUGUUAUAAGAGAUGGCCAGCUGCAACAACAGCCACAGAAUCAACAAUUAAUCGGACCGAAUCAGCAAGGAUUUAUCGUGCAACGAGACUCGCAAUGGCAGCAACAACAAUAUCAUUUACAAUUGCAGAGACAGCAACAACAGAUCGGUCCUCAGAGAUCCGGAGGUCAAUGGAACCAGCAGCCGUCUCAACUUCCUAGACAAUUGAUUCAUUUGGACGCGCAGACGCAUCAACAGUUGCAACAAAUGGACCCGCAACAACGAGCUCAGUUUAUCCAGAAAAUUCAGAAACAGCGGAAUUUACAGAUAUUGCAGAGACAAAUGCAGGGUCGUCAGGCACAACAAGGUCCGCACAUUGCUGUUAUAAGGAGUUCUGGUAAACCGGUACAACCAGGCAGUCUACAAUGGGUUCAACAGGCUCGACCGCAGAUGAUGGGACCGCAACUUGCGCAAAAUUCUGGACAGAAACCAGUGCAUCCUGGGGUACAACCACCAGCGUUAACUCCGAUAAAUUCUUCCAAUCAGGUCAUUGUACCAACUGGUCAGACUGUUCAGGGUCUGCAAACAUCACAAACAGGACAGACAUUCCAACAGGGACAAUUAACAACUCAGCAACUAGCGCAGUUGCAUAUAAAGCAGCAACAUAUGGCCAGAUUGCAGCAGUUGCAACAUUUGCAACAGCAACAACAGCAGCAACAGCAACAACAGCAAGGCGCGCAACAGGAACCAUCAUUAACGUCUCUAUCGAAUAACGCGCAGAUUCCGCCGGAUCAGCAACUCGUCGUAAAUGCUAAAACAAAAACUGCAUUGGCUAACAUGCUAACUAACAGAUUACAAAGUGGUGCUACUGAAGGUAGCGCAGCUGGCCAAUUAAGAUUGAUGACUGCGCAGCACAGACCUCCGCCUCCUCCUUCGCAAGAUCCGCAACUCUUGGCUUAUCAAAGGAGAACUCUGGGAAAUAUAACAAACAGUGCAUCAUCAGGAGCAUCUAUAAAGAUGCAAUAUACGCCAGUCAUGACACAAAAAUUCGAAUUUUUUGGUCACAAUCCACAAUUGGCAUUGCCGUCAGGUCUAUUCAUGUUAGGAUGCAUUUUCGUCAUUGUCGAAUACGAUGUGCAGCGUCCAAAUCAAGUAUUAAUUUGGAAACAAAUUAUUGAGAGACACGGUGGCGAAGUAGAGUCACAAUAUUGCACCCGUGCGACGCACGUGUUAGCUAUUACGCAAAAACAUCCGAUAGUGGUGCAAGCGUUACGCGAAGGAAAGCGUUGCGUCAGCGCGCAUUGGCUUUCUGAUAUUGUUAGUAUGCAACACGUGAAACCACCUUGGCAUCCUCUGCACUUUCCCACGCCAUUCAGUUUAACCGAACUUCCUUGUGCUAAGCAAAUUAUAUCGCUAUCCGGAUUCGAAGGAGAAGAACGAGCAAAUGUCCAAUAUAUGUUGGAAACUUUGGGUGCCAAGUAUACAAACUACUUCUCUAAACACAAUACUCAUCUUGUUUCUAGAAGGUCUGAUGGACAGAAGUAUAAAAAAGCACGCGAAUGGCAAACUACCGUUGUGAACGCACAGUGGUUGUCAGACUUGCUUUGCGGACAAAUGAAUGCUUUGCAUCAGUUUGAGGCUCCAAAGUAUCAACAGUUUAGUCUGAGUAAUCCUUUCAGACUAGAUUAUUCACUAGUGGCUCAUCUUAUGGGUGCUUGGAAAAUGCCAAUAAACAUUACUCAAGAAUCAUACAACAAAAUAAAACAAGUUGACCAGACUCCAAAUUCAAUCAGAAAAUACAAAAAGCCACGAUUAGAUGGGCCAUUGUUAAAUAAAGAUCCUCAUCUUUUGGGUCUGGAUGAACCGAUUGUUGUUAGCAAUCCUGACCCUCCACCACUCGAGAAACAGCCGAGAAUACUAUUUUCUGGCAUAAACCCCAGAAAGCAUGCCAAGAGAAUUCGAGAAUUAGGAGGUGCUUUGGCUGCUAGUUGGCGAGAUGCUACUCAUCUUAUAAUGUUAACACCGUUACGAACUGUAAAACUAUUAUGUUGUUUAUCACGAUGUAAAUUUAUUGUCAGUUUGCAAUGGUUACUUGAUUGCUCUACAAAAAAUACCUUUGUGGACGAAAGUGCAUACAUGCUCGGUGAUCCAGAAUUCGAGAAAAACUUUAAUUGCAAUAUUGAGAAAGCUUUAGCGAGUCCCAAUCGAGGAACAGUACUUACGGGAAAAAUAUUUUAUGUAACACCAAGUGUGAUACCAUCUCUUUCGGCAAUCGCGGAAAUAAUAGAAAGUGCAGGAGGCACAAUGGAAAAGUCGCGUAGAUCGAUCGCGCAGAUACAAGAAAUGAAUGCUGGGAAAUUGAGUUAUAUUAUCGUAACCCAUGAGAACGAUCUUCAUCUUCUUUCUGACGUUCUACGUGCAAAUAUAAGUGUGUACAGUGCGGAAAUUGUAUUAAGCGCAGUUGCACGACAAUACUUCCAACCUGACACGAGUCAAGUCUAAAAUAUAUGCAAGCUAUACUUCACUGUAUUUCUAUCUCUCUUAUGGGCCUAUCAAGUCCUUAAUGAGUUAUUUUCGAAAUGCAAACUUUUGCUUAACUUCUGCAAUGAGACAAUAAAAAAUAUAAUUUUACGAUACAAAAAGAAAUUAUUUUUAUACGCCUACACUUGUAUAUGAUCAUUAUCUUUUCAGUUGUAAUACAUAUAUAUUAUUAAAAAGUAUAGUACCGGAUAAAAGUUGAGGUACAUUUCAUAUUUUUUACAUUUCAUACAUUUCGAAAGCGAUUUAGGCUCUGCUAAUAUGAUUUCCGUAUAAUAAAAUAACAAUUGUUUUCUUAAUUUAUUAUAUUCAACUGGAGAGAAUGUUUAUUUUGGUUCUGGUAUCAAAAAGUACCUUUUUUGCAUUUCUCUUCUAUGCAUAUACCACCUAACUUCAACGUUGCCUCACUGCACACAAUCAAGAUGACUCGACUGUUGUGUAACAACCGCUCUCAGUAUAAAUAAAUUUUUCAACAAUAUUAACUGUCAUCAUACCUAUAAAUUAGGAUGGCUUUUAGGGCAUAGCUAACAAAAUUAUAAAUCUAGAGAUAAGAAUUGAAGUUAACAUUUGCACAAAGCAGAUUACUCUAACCGACAUAUCGUUACCUGUCAACGGAAAAUCCGAACAUCCAGUGCAUCUUGUUAUUAAAUGUUAUCCCUGAUGUGUCCAAACUUUUGGCCGAUAUGGUGUAUGUAUGCAACACAUAUAUCUUUCUACAUUUAUAGUAACAAAUCAUGGAGAAGCUGUAAUACUCCAGAUUUACUCCAUGAGAACAAUAUUUCUCAAUUUUUGAUCAAAUCUAAAAUAAUAAGUGAAAAAUUCAUAAAUAUCACUCUAUAAUUCUCAAUUAUUGAUCAAUAAAUAGGAUCUAAAAUCUCAAUUGUCAAUGAUCAAUUAUUGGUCUCAUAUGGACGUAUCUCGAGCAAUUGUUGCCUUAUAACAAAAAUAAAUUAAUUUUUUAAAUAUAUAUCAA